AUGGGUAAAAUAACUCGAGUGGUUGUGUUAUUGACGGUUCUACUUGCUGCGUGGCAUUUCUGGACACGAGAAAUUGUAGAUACACAUGGUCUGGAUCUAGAUUUUCAGUUCGAUCCAAAAGAGAGAUUUGAAUUGGACAGCAAGAACUCGUGGAUAGUCACGGUGGUGGUGAUCCUUGUGGCAAGCGGGCUCAUAGCUUUUUAA